AUGGAUGCAGAAUAUUUAUUACCAACUUUAGAUUCAGUUUAUAUGAACUUAAACGAAUAUGACAGUGAUAAAAAUAUUAAAAAUAUUGAAAAUACUUCAAAUUUCCUAAAUGAUUCAUCACCAAAUUCGAACACAAAUCAACAAAUUAAUAAUAAUAAUAGUAAUAAUAAUAAUAAUAAUAACAGUUGCUUCAAUAAUAUAAUUGUAGUUAAUAACUUCCCACAAAAAAAUAAUAAUAAUAAUAAUAAUAAUAACAAUAACGAAUCAUCCACUCCAUCAAUUACAUUAACCCCACCAACUCAAUCACAACAACAAUCAUCACAACAACAACAACAACAACAACAACAAUACCAAACCACACCAUCAUCACCAUCAAAAUUAAAUAGUGCAACACCAACAACUACAAAUAGUACAAUUACAUCACCAAUCAUGAUGCCAUAUAAUAACAAUAACAAUAAUUAUUUAAAUGCACAAAUUAUUAAUAACAAUCAAAAUAAUAAUAAUAAUAAUCAAAAUAAUAGUUCAUAUCAACAUCCAGAAAUGUCAGCAUCAACUCAAGAACACUUUUUAAAAUUAUUAUCACAAAUUCAACAACAUCAACAACAAUCAACUACUUUUCAAAAUAACCACGAAUAUAUUCAUAAUCAAUCUACAGCAGCAAACUUUAAAAUUAAUAGUGAUGCAAUGACUCCAUUAUUAGAUACUCCAAUUCCAAAUUCUCCAUCUUUAUCAAAUCCAACUAUAAUAAAUAAUAAUAAUAAUAAUAAUUUAAAUAAUAAUUUAAAUAAUAAUAAUUCAAACAUCAUUGCAUCAACUACUUGUACAUCUGAUAUCAGUAGUAUUAAUAAUAAUAAUAAUAAUAACAAUAAUAACAAUAAUAAUAAUAAUAAUAUUAUUAAUAAUAAUGAAAAUAUUAAUAAUAACGCAUCAAAUAUAAAUAGUAUUACAUCCGACCCAAAUUUAUCACCACAACAAACUGAAUUAAAUUUAACUACAACAACUAAUUCAUCAUCAUCAUCACCAUCAUCAUCGUUAACAGUAAAGAAAAAUAAUGUUGCAAGAGCUGCAUCACCAGGAAUUUCAUCACCACCAAUUUCACCAAGAAAAGGUGUAAACAAUAGAAACAAUAAUAGUAAAAUAAAGAAUAAAACACAACAAGUUCAAAUGAAUAUACUACAAGCUCAACAAGCUCAAUUACAACAACAACAACAACAAGCACAAUUACAACAACAACAACAACAACAACAACAACAACAUCAAUCACCAUCACUAACAGGUACAAAUUUAAAUAACAAUAACAAUAGCAAUAGCAAUAACAAUAAUCCAACAUCAUCAACUAAUUCAACACCAAAUUUAUCACCAACAAUUCAAUCAAUGUCAAAUAUACCAGGUUUUAGUUUAAAUUCAAAUUCACCUCCACAACCAUCACCUCCAAAUUCACCACCAUUAUUACCACCAACUCCAUCACCAAAUCAAAAUCCAUAUUUUUUCAAUAGCACCACCAAUGCCAAUACAACUCCAACCAACAAUAAUAAUAAUAAUAGUUUUUUAAAUGGUAAUAACAAUAACAAUAACAAUAACAAUAACAAUAACAAUAACAAUAACAAUAACAAUAACAAUAACAAUAACAAUAACAAUAAUAAUAAUAAUUCAUAUGGUAUUAGACAUCAUGUUGGACCAGCAGUUUCAUCAAUUGUAAAACAAUUGAGUGCAAAAAGAUCACAUAAUAAUUUAACAAAUUCACAAACAAUAUUAUCAAAUUCACAAACAAAUGUAAAUAAUUUAUCACUUUCAACAUCAUCACAAAAUUUAAAUUGUACAGAUUCAAAUGGUUUAUCAUUGGUAUCAUCAACAGCAUCAACUAAUGGUGCAAGUGGUGGUAAUGAAGAUAAAAAAGGUAUUUGCCUAAACUUUUUAAAUUUCUUUUUCAAUGUUAAUCCAUCACUUUCAACACCAGCAACAAGAAGAUCACAAAUUUUAGCACUCUAUGUGAAUAAAAUUCAACCAGAUCAUAGAUAUAGAAGACCAAAUGAUAUGGCAAAUCUAUGCGUUGUCCUCUAUGGUCACCUUUUCUCAUCACUCGACGAACAAACCAUUAAAGAUUUCAUAGCUAGUCAUUCUUCAAAUUUACAAAAAUCAAAAAAAGAAGAAAGAAGAAAGAAAAGAAAAAGAGAUUCAAAACAAGAUUCACAAGAUGAUCAAUCAUCAUCAUCAAAAAUUUCAAAUGUAAAUAAUAUUUUAUCACCAAGAUCUUUAUUAAAUAAUAAUGGUAAUAAUAAUGAGGAUAAUAAUGGUAAUAGCAAUAAUAAUAAUUCAUCAAAUGAAGAUAACGUUGGUAGUCCAAUUGAAGACUCUGACGAUCCACCAGUUUCAUUACAUGAUGCAUUUGUUAAUUGUUUAAAAGCUUGUAAUCUUUUACCAUUUAUUGAAUUUAAAUCUGUAACUUUAUUACCUAUCGCUUGUGAACAAUUACCAUUUGUUGACUCUCAUUAUACUCAAGAGGAUUUAGUUAAAUGGGAAAAUCAAUUAAAAGAUUUGAAAUCAAAUUCAAAAACUCAAGCUGCUGCUGCUGCCGCUCAAGCAAUGCUUCAACAACAAAUUCAAAUUCAACAACAGCAACAACAACAACAACAACAACAACAACAACAACAACAACAACAACAACAACAACAACAACAACAACAACAACAACAACAACAACAAUAUCAACAACAAUAUCAACAACAACAACAACAACAAUAUCAACAACAACAACAACAACAACAAAAUCAACAAUAUUUAUCUUCACCAACUCUUCAAAUUCCAUCAAUUUCAAUUACAUCCAGACCACAAUCACCAAAUCCACCAUCAUUAAACUUAAUUAGUAAUCCACCAUCAUCAAAUUGUGAAUCAUUAAGAGGUUCUACAAAUAGUAUUAAUAAUAAUCAACAACAACAAAUUAACAGUAAUAGUAAUAAUAAUAAUAAUAAUAAUAAUAAUAAUAAUAAUAAUAAUAAUAAUAAUAAUAAUAAUAAUAAUAAUAAUAAUAAUAAUAAUAAUAAUAAUAAUAAUAAUGUAUUUGAAGAAACCAAACCAUUUACACCAUUAGUAUUUAGUGGUAAUGAUUUGGCUAUUCAAAGACCACCAUCACCAUUAAAUAUUCAAACUUGUUCAAAUAUUCCACUUAUGCAAACUUCUUCAUUAAAUGUAAAGAGUGAUAAUAAUAAUAAUAAUAAUAAUGAUUGCGGAAGUUUAUUAAAUGAAUUAAAUAGUGCAGAAUUAAUAAAUAAUAAUAAUAAUGGUAUUUGUGUUGUAAAUAAUAUUCAAAAUGAUUGUAAUAAUAGUAAUAAUAAUAAUAAUAAUAAUAAUAAUAAUAAUAAUAAUUGUAAUAAUAUCAAUAAUAAUAAUAAUAAUAAUAAUAUUGAUAAUAAUAAUUAUAAUUGGUUAAAUGAUUCAAAUUGUGCAGUUUUAGUUAAUAUUCGUGAAGAUCCAGAAAGUUAUACAAUUUAUAUUGCAAUUCCAAAUAGUAAUUCUGAUACAUUAUUAGUUUCAGUGAAUCCAAAUGAUGUCAUAAUCGAGGGUGAAAUAUUAUUACCUGAUAUCAUUUAUUUACCAAGUGGUAGUGCUAUGUCUGUACCAAUAAGUACUCCACAUAGUUUCCAACGUAAAGAAUUUAAUGAAGGUAGAUUUAGAAAAGUUAUCAAUUUACCAAUUCCAGUCAGUAGUUAUGUCGUAGGUAGAAAAGAAGGUAUUGUCGUAGUAUUGGCUAGCAAAGACAUCAAUUAUACUCUCUCAAAUAUUUUAAUCAUUAAACAACAACAACAAGAGAAUUUACGUCAUCAACAACAAUUGGAACAACAUUUAAGACAACAACAAUUAAUACUUCAACAACAACAAAAUCAAUUAAAUAAUCAAUUACAACAUCAACAACAACAAUUUCCACAACAUUUUCAACAACAACAAUUAGAAUUAAAAGCUUAA